AUGGGCCCAGACUUCCGAAUUCUUGUCAAACGAGCUCGAAAGAUAGCCAUGGAAUAUGAAAUGAUGUAUGGAGAAGAAAUUCCCACAACUCAACUGGUUACACAGAUUGCAGCUGUCAUGCAGGAAUAUACACAGUCAGGUGGUGUUCGCCCGUUCGGCGUGUCUUUGUUGAUCGCUGGCUGGGAUAAGACCCCUGGUCGACCACUCUUGUUCCAGAGUGAUCCAUCCGGUGCAUACUUUGCUUGGAAAGCGACAGCUCUCGGUAAAAAUGACGUGAACGCGAAGACGUUUUUGGAGAAGAGGUACAGUGAGGCUUUAGAGCUUGAUGACGGUAUCCAUACCGCGCUACUUACCCUACGGGAAUCUUUCGACGUUGGCAUGACGGAGGAUAACGUUGAGGUAAAGUAUGACUGGUUCCAAACGGAUUCUUGCAUAACAGUAACCAUAUUGAAAAAAGGAGUGGCCUUAAGUGAUUGCCGAGUCGCUUUCCAUGACAACGAAAUCAAAGUCUUUGUUGGAAAUGAUGUUAUUUUUGAGACCACUCUUGCAAGACCAGUAGAUGAGAAGAAUUUCACCGUUACCUGCACGCCAUCCAAGGUUGAAGUUAGAAUGCCUAAAGCUACGCCAGGGCAUUGGCCAAUGCUUGAUGCCUCGCCUGCUGUACCAGUUUCAAGUGAGCCCCAUCCGUCGAAAAACUGGGAGGCUAUUGAAAGGACUGCCAUACAAGAAGAAGAGAACGAAGAUUUGGAAGGUGAUGCAGCGGUAAAUCGCCUAUUCCGAAAGUUGUACAGUGAAGCGUCCGAUGACGUAAAGAAAGCUAUGAUCAAAAGUUACCAAGAAUCGGGCGGUACGGUAUUGUCAACGAAUUGGGAAGAGAUCCGCAAGAAGCGAACAGAAGUCAAACCUCCUGAUUGUAUGGAGUACAAACGAUUUGAACAGUAA